AUGCGAGUCGUUGGAGAUAUUGUUUUUCCGGGGGCAGCAACAAGAGCAGGGGAUCUUUUAAGGCGUCAUGCUUCCUGCAAGAGCUGGAGGCGCAACAAGGCGGAGGUCAUAGAGCAGUGGAUGCGGGAAAAGGGGCUGCCGUUCGUGCGACUGGACAAGACCGCCGCCGCAGCAUGGGGGUUCCUGGACUUCGAGAGCCCUGAGCAGCUGGCGCAGUUCGAGAGAGCCACAGAAAAGCUGCCUUUUAGAGGCAGCAUCAUUUACCUGCAUGCGGCAAACGCUCGGGAAGAGCGCCAGCAAGAAACAGUGCAGCAAGAAGCAUCCCACCAAGAAGGACUCCCCCGGCAGCCGCAAAAGAAGGCGAUGCCACCGUUGAAGGAAGGGCACGUGCGAAAGCGAUCGCGGGUUCAUUCGGCAGCAGCAGCAGGAGGCUGUGAUGAUGAAGGAACUGCAGCAGCAAAGGCAGGAACAACAGAAUGCGACUUCGGCCUGGAGCAGCACCGGCAGCUGCCAGCCCUCUUACAGCUUAUUGAUAACAAGCCGCAUCUCACGGAUGCUGCCUCUAUUGAGCAGCGCGUCGCCCCUCUGCACGGGUACUCGUACUAUGACCAGCUUCAAAUGAAGCACACGUAUCUCAAGGUGCUGCCUGCUCUGCCGGCCCCUGUUGAGGGGCGUGUCGGAUACCGCAACAAGUGCGAGUUUACCAUCGGCCUCACCCGCAAGCAGCAGGGGCAGCCCCUCGAGCUGCAAGCUGACGAGGAGGAGCAAACAACUCCCUGCGUCGGCUUCGUGUGUGGAGUGCAACGGAUGCAGCCGCAAGUUGCGCCUCCUUCAGGUACUUGGCGCUUGCUCAUGGUGAGGACAUCCGCGUGGAGUCGAUCGAUGAUGCUGGCUGUCCAGAUACGACCUUUCGAGUCGGAGUCUCAAGAGUCGGCGCACGCGCGCAGCGAGCUGAUUCAGUCGGUGGUGGCUGCUUUCGGGGGGCGUACCUUUGGGGACUACAAGGUCACCUCCAUCUAUCUGCAAGAAAAUUCCGCCUUGUCGGACUCCGUCGAGGGGCAUCCUAUGGAGAAGAUCUAUGGCAGCGACGUACUAGAACAGAGGCUCUUCGACCUCCACUUCCGGCUAGGCCCCUCCUCGUUUUUCCAGGUGGGCUGCGGUGCACGGAGACAAUUCGCGCCCACUGCGGCGGCUAUCUGCUGCCUCCACCGCUGUCUGAAAAGCUCAGACAAGGGAAAUAGGGCAGCGGCAACAGCAAGGCUUUUCGAUAGAGGAGCGCCCUGCGCCUUCGCGGCAGCGACAGCUGCUGCACCUGCCAAAGUCCUUUUGUCGGAUAUAUGCGCUCAGACAAAUACGCCGGCUUGCGAGACGAUGUACAAAGCGGUGCUAGAAAUGCUGCUGCCACUGCCGCCCUCUGGCCCGCUGCUGGACGUCUGCAGCGGGGCCGGCACGAUUGCACUCUGCGCAGCAGCAGCCAUCAAGCAGGCUGCAAACAGCAGCAGCAGCAGCAGGAGAGUCAUUGGGAUUGAGAUGGUCGAAGCGGCUGUGAUGGACGCAAGACGUAAUGCUAGACUCAACGGGCUAGAGAAAGACGUUCACUUCAUUGCCGGCAAGGCAGAAGACGUCCUGCCCGGCCUGUUGGAAGAAUUCAGUGCGGAGACGUACAUCUCGGCUGUUGUAGAUCCUCCUCGCAUGGGCCUCCAUCCGCAGGUCCUGAAGGCGCUCAAGCAGUGCAAGCAGCUCGAGAAGCUGGUGUAUGUCUCGUGCAACUGCAAGACUCUCGCAGAGAAUGUGCUGGAGCUCUCCUCUGAGGAGUCCGAUGACCCUUUUGUUCCCAUCGCGGCGCUCCCUGUCGACAUGUUCCCCCACACCCUGCACUGCGAGGCCGUGCUCUUAUUGGCGAGGAGGAGCAGGGCUGCUGCCACGGCAGCUGAAUACCACAGCACCAAGCGCGACAAGCUCCUGAAACUCACAGCAGUCGAGCCAGCACUAGCCACGGGAGAGCCUUUUACGCCGUCGGAUGACGAAGAAGACGAGGAAACAACUCACCAGGGCAUGGAGGCAGCCGCAGGCUGCACCCGUGAGAACGGCGACGGCAGCGGCCCCUCCACAAAUAAACAUGCGCACCCGCAGCACCUCCCCCCAGCAGCAAGUAGUACCACUCCCAUCUGGCAAGGAGCUAAUCCGCUCCUCGACUAG